AUGUCUAAAAUACCAAGCCAGCAGGUGGUCAUUGUCGGAAUCGACGCAAAUGCGAAGAUCGAACUGCAAUCCUAUGUGCUAGGAAAAUGGCAUUAUCCAGCGGAGCGCACAUCGGACAACGGUGACCGUCUGAUCGACUUGCGUGAACAGACGGGCCUCAUCAUCGCUUCCACAUUUAAGAGGAAUCAUCGACGCCAUCAGCUCACGUGGCAGGGGUCAACCCUUUUAAUGCCUGAACAGCAGCGCAAACGGAAGAUGAGGACUCUUAAGCUUCAGCUCGAUUACGUUCUGUGGGAACAUUCUUCAGUCGGAUAUCCGAAAAUCCAGAGCUGUUUGGGACGUUGUUUCGACUCUGACCACCGUCCAGUUCUUCUCAGACUUAAGGUUGCAAAAGAGAAGAGAGAAAACCGAGGAGUUGCUCUUCAACCGAAAAUCGACAUUGUAGGUCUGAAAGACGAUGAAUGCAGAACGAAACUCCGCCAACGUGUGCCUAGUCAUGUUGGAGUACGGAACAGGAAGAAGCUUAGCGAUGCGGAUUCCUUCACGAAGUGCAUCCAGGACGCUGCAGGGGAAACGCUCCCGGUUCUAUUGCCGCGGAAGAAGUUUGCCUUUGCAUCUGCGGAAACAAAAUCCACACACAAUUCUGUAUGUGUCGCGCGCAGCGCUGGUGACUUCAACCAGGAGAAGCGUCUUAGAAGGAAGCUGCGUCGUCAACUGCAACAAGACCGCGAUAACGAGUGGACGUCAAGAGCGAUGGAGUUUGAGAAGGCGUGGGAGGACAGGAACCCGCGGAAAGGCUAUGCUUUACUAAAACAGUAUAGCGGCAAAAUGAAAAGAUGUUCCCCUGUCCUCAACACUGCCAAUGGGAUCUUGCUGAACCGGCUAGCACCGUCAGCCCCUGAACUCGAACACGUUCAUAGACCGACGUAUGCGGUUAAAGAGGAGCCACCGACCGAGUCGAAGGUUUUAGUCUGUAUUCAAAAAAUGAAGAAUGGAAAAUCUGGUGGAGACGACGGGAUUAGCGCAGAAAUGCUAAAACAUUUUCCUCCGUCUAGGAUUCGUGAGAUGACAGAGAUCAUCCGUUCAAUAUGGAUAGACGAAAGUAUACCUGAUUCGUGGAGGCACGCUAUCAUAAUUCCCCUCCACAAGAAGUUAUCCGUCACGGACCCCAGGAAUUACAGAGGAAUCUCUUUGCUGCGUGUUAUGUACAAGGUAUUGGAGCGCAUUAUCCUGGACCGACUCAUUAAACAUCGCGAAGAAACAACGCGCGACGAGCAAGCUGGCUUUCGUCCUAGCCUAUCUACGAUUCACCAGGUGUUCAUCGUUAGGAUAGUGAUCGAAAUUUGGCAGCGGUAUUCGAAGCCAAUGCAACUAACGUUUCUGGACUUUGAAGCCGCGUUCGACUCCCCUCACCGACACCGUCUUCUCAACGCGCUCCGCGCCGAUGGAGUACCAGGAAAGUUAGUUCGUUUGCUUGAUGACAUGAAUCAACGAACAACUGCUGCAGUUCGAACACCAGCCGGAUGUACAACACCGUUUGAAGUGGUAACUGGAGUAAGACAAAGGGCAGUGGCAGGACCGGCAGGACCCUUCCUGUUCAAUUUCGCCACCGACGACAUUAUGCGAAGAACAGUCGACCAGUGUCCGACCAUUUUCUUAGCACCAUCAGGAAGCCCCUUGACUGACCUCGAGUACGCCGACGAUGUUAUAUUCGCGGAAAGCAGUGCGAAACUUCAACAUGUCGCCAGCCUUGUAUCGAAGCUGGCUGCAGCCUAUGGACUAGGUCUACACCCUGAUAAGUGCAAGCAGAUGUGGAUCUCUUCGAGACCUCGAACGGGAAUCAGGGUGGACAGACAACCGAUAGAACUCGUCGACGAGUUCUGUUGCCUGGGCUGCACGCUGAAGAACAACGGCAGCUACGAGAGAGAUGUUCAACAAAGAUGCGCCAAGGCCACUUCUGCAUUUAACUCCUUAACGAAAUGCCUGUGGUCGAUCCCCAUCACCAACGAAGUCAAGCUACGAGUCUACCCAUCCGCAAUUCGCCCCAUCAUGAUGUACGGAUCGGAGACUUGGGCAGCACCAUCAACGAUUAUGGAGAGGCUUGACUGCACGGAACGAAAGCUGCUUAGACGGCUACUUGGCUACUUUUGGCCAGGAAUAUGGUAUAGCGACGAAUGGAUUGACUCUGUGCGAGCUCUCGCAGAAGAUCGAAAAGGUUGGGCAGAGCUGUGUUCAAGGACGGCACACCUCAACGAAGAUGCGGGCAAUCGCGUCAGGCGAUGA